AAUUACGAGAGAUGAACAAUAAAAAUAAAAGAAGACAAAAAGAUUCCAUUAAUAUCUAACAAAUUAAAAGAAACAAAUCAUAACAAUGACCUCUCUAUUUUCUAAACCUAGAGGAGCUCUCACUUCUCAACUCACUCAAGACUUUAAAGCUUACCGUCCGGUGAUCGGAAAACUUCACGUCGCCACUUUAACACUUCUUCUCUUCCUUAUCGCCGCCGGUAUUGCCGUCACUUCAUCUCUAUGGCUUAACAAGACGAUGAAAGCUUUAGAUCGACCGACGUUAGUGACAACAAAACCAGCUCCGGAGCUAGAACCACCGCAGAAAACCGAAAUCUUGACAAAACCAUACAAUCGACCGACAAUAACACCAGUAAAACCGGUCCCGGUACGUGUACCAGAGAAGAAACCACAGGAGAAAACCGGAAUCUUGUUGAACUGUACAAGUUUCUUGAAUCAAAACCGGUCCGGUACAUACUCGGAAACACCUCAACCCGGUAACAUUCAAUACCAAACCGAAUCGAACCGGUCUUGUCCUGAUUACUUCAAGUGGAUCCACGAGGAUCUAAAACCAUGGAGAGAAACGGGGAUAACAAGAGAAAUGGUGGAAAGAGGCAAAACGACAGCGCAUUUCAGGUUAGUUAUCGUAAACGGCAAGGUGUUCGUCGAAAACUACAAGAAGUCUAUACAGACCAGAGAUGCGUUCACACUGUGGGGGAUUCUUCAGCUGCUGAGAAAAUAUCCAGGGAAGUUACCUGACGUUGAUCUCAUGUUUGACUGCGAUGAUCGACCAGUCAUCAGAUCGGACGGUUACAACAGAUUCAAUCGUACGGCUGAAGAUUCACCACCUCCGUUGUUUAGGUACUGCGGUGAUAGAUGGACGGUUGAUAUUGUCUUUCCCGAUUGGUCAUUCUGGGGAUGGCAGGAGAUAAACAUAAAGGAAUGGAGCAAAGUGUUGAAAGAAAUGGAACAAGGAAAGAAGAAGAAGAAGUUUAUGGAGAGAGAGGCUUAUGCAUAUUGGAAAGGGAACCCUUUUGUUGCAUCUCCUUCGAGAGAAGAUCUUCUCACUUGUAACUUAUCCUUACUACACGAUUGGAAUGCUAGAAUUUUCAUUCAGGAUUGGUUAUCAGAAGGACAAAGAGGGUUUGAGAACUCAAAUGUAGCAAAUCAAUGCACUUACAGGUACAAGAUAUAUAUAGAAGGGUAUGCUUGGUCAGUGAGUGAGAAAUACAUAUUAGCAUGUGACUCAGUCACAUUGAUGGUGAAACCUUAUUACUAUGAUUUCUUCUCGAGAACUCUUCAACCUCUCCAACACUAUUGGCCUAUUAGGGAUAAAGAUAAAUGUCGAUCCAUCAAAUUUGCUGUUGAUUGGCUUAAUAAUCACACUCAAAAGGCACAAGAGAUAGGAAGAGAAGCAAGUGAGUUCAUGCGAAGAGACCUAUCAAUGGAAAAUGUUUAUGAUUACAUGUUCCAUCUGUUGAAUGAAUACUCCAAGCUUCUUAAGUACAAGCCUCAAGUUCCCGAGAAUGGUGUUGAGCUAUGCACAGAAGCAAUGGUGUGCCCUUCUGAUGAUGCUAAUAAUGGGGUUAAUAAGAGGUUUAUGAUGGGCUCUUUAGUUAGUAGGCCUCACGUUUCAGGUCCAUGUUCACUUCCUCCUCCUUAUGACCCCAAUGGUCUUGAGAGGUUCUAUCGGAAGAAAUUAAAUCUCAUCCGGCAAGUGGAGAAAUGGGAAGAUUCUUACUGGCAAAAGGUUUAGUAAAACGAUGUAAUUCAUAUUGAUACAUAAUCUAAAUUUAGUUGGGAAUUUUGGGUAA